AAGAGAUGGCUCAGCGGGGAGGAAUGACAAAGGAACGAGCACUGACUCAGCCAGGCCUGGUGGGGUUUCAGAGGGCUUCAACCAGCAGGCUCCUCACGUCGCUGGCGCCCCACAAAAGCCCGAGGUUGUGAUGGAUGGAUGGAUCGCAGCCAGCGCGCAGCUCAGUGCGCAGGAGCCAGGGAAGCUAGCUGAAGUCGGAGAGAUCGUUAAGGACGUCAAGGUACCACAGGCUGCCCUGAGUGUUCCAGCUCAUGAGACGGGGGACACGUGCCAUACACCUGUGGCAGAGGAGGAGGUUGGCAUCCCGAUACCAGCACCAGGGUUCCUACAGGUCACGGAGAGGAGGCAGCCUCUGAGCAGCGUCUCCUCUCUGGAGGUCCACUUCGAUCUCCUGGACCUCACUGAGCUGACAGACAUGUCUGACCAGGAGUUGGCCGAGGUCUUUGCGGACUCCGAUGACGAAAACCUUGCCACUGAGUCACCAGCAGGUCUGCACCCACUAUCUCGAGCCAGCUGCCUACGUUCGCCAUCCUGGACGAAAACAAGGGCGGAGCAGAACCGUGAGAAGCAGCCCCCCAGUGACCCAGAGCGGCAAGGGACAAUUGUGGACACAUUCCUCACUGUGGGGGAGCCCAAGGAAGAUUAGCCGGUUGGUUUCCUCCUGCUCCGGAGUUGCUGAAGGGCUGGCGGACUACCAUAAUGGCACCAUAGGACAGCACUGGCACAGAGGCCCUCUGCCAACUCCAAGACUCCAGCCAUCGCCCCUGAGAAUGUGUCAAAGUCCAGGUGCCAGGCUUAGGCCCUUGGGUGCUUUAGCACAAGCACAGCCCAGUGCCCUUCGGUCCAGCUGGUUCCUGGUCCCUGAAUCAGGGACAACACUGAAUGGAGUCUCUGCCUUGGGAUGAGAGAAGGAACGGACAGCAGUGACCUGGGGCUUGUCAAAACUUGUCUCUAGGACAAGACUUUCUGUCUCUUCUGAUUCCAAAUAGGUUCAAAGGGAUCCAAUCCAAGCCCAUGAGCUGCCUAGGAACCCAUAGGGGUUUAUCUCCAACAUCAGUGAGCUCAAAAGCCCAAAGUAGAUUCAGUGGCAGGUCAAGGGCUGGCUCUGCUGUUAAGCCAAGUGGCAGUGGUGGGUGUUACUUUCCUAAGAUUUCCACCUUGACUGAAAAUUUUACACCCUUCCUCUGCCCUCGGAGGCAUCACUGUUUGUAGUCUCUGCCCCAGGUCUGCUCUGCUUGUCCCGUGGGUGUGACAGUUCAAAGGCUGAAAAGCUACCCCAGGUCUUCCUUAGUUCAGAACAUCCAACCUCAGUGACGACUUCCAGGUUGCUCGGAAGGACAGAGUGCCACCUCCCCAGUCCUGUGGCUGUCAGAGGGGCACACUGUGUAUCCUCCACACCCCAUUGCCUAGCCUGACCGCCCACACAUCCUGCCCAAUGUUCGGUUGGGAGGCUCUGACACUCUGGAUCUGUCUCGGGAGCAGCUGAGGGGUGACAGGAACAACCUAGCCACCCACUGUGCUGUGAGAUGCUAGGCACUCGGUUUAGACUCUCGACGUUCCUUUCAUGUGCACAAAGACAAACACACUGGCUGCUCUGACCACGAAUCAAAGACGGUUUUGAAAUAAAAGUUUAGUUGCUUUUUGUCCCCAGGUUGACCUGCCCGCUGCCCACCAUCUUCUGAGGAGGACAAGGCUUUUGAUUUUCAUUUGCAG